AUGCACCAGAUUUACAGCUGCGGCGACGAAAACCUCGAAGUUUUCACCACCGUGAUUUCCUCCAAAACAUGUAGUCCUGCCCGAAGACGAGCCAAAAGCACACAGCACAUCCUGACAAAGACUCUCCCACCACCCCCAGCUGCCCAUGUCACCGCGAAGGCAGCAGCUGUCACAGACCCUCCUGCAGGCGGGGGCUCUGCUACAGACAAUCACAGGCAGCGCUGGAGGAAGACGGCAGAGUACGACCUGGCCCUGCCACCAGGAGCAGAAGCUUCCCUACCUCUGACAGGAGGCAACCUGUACGGGACACCCAGCCUCCUGAGGAAGAUGUGGAUGAAGAACAAGAAGAAGUCAGAGUACCUGGGGGCAACAAACAGUGCCUUUGAGGCAGACUGA